CCAAUGCACCGUUGCUUACUUUCUGCUAUCCUUACUUUGGCUCAACGCGCGUCGUCGGUAAAUUGGAUUGUUAUUGUGAUAUAAAUAAACUGUGUUACACCCGUGUAUAAGAAAACACAAGUGCUUGAAUUAAAAAUUAAUCAGGUCACAAACUGGUUUAAAGAUAUAGGGAUGCGGAGAAAUAUGUGAAAGUGACAGUCGCAUAAAAUCGACUCUUUUUCUUUUUGUCUGCAUAACAAUGUUUCGCAUAGUUUCAAGUACCGCCACAUAAAUAUUGUGCUGUGGACGUUAAAAAUGCCGAUGCUUACGUUCCGGAGGAACACCUGAGCACUAUGUUUGAAGCGGGAUAAACGCGAUUUGCGUUAUCACCAGUUAGAAUGCAAGACGAGUGCAUAGCGGAGGAGGUGAAGUGCAACAGCGCGUUCGAGCGACGUAAGCCCACCAAGGUGCUGAAAAUCGCUGAGAGUUUCACGAACCUCGAUGAAACUGCUAAGGCGGGACGCUACAUUCGGGGCCCGUACUCGAAAACGGGCCGUAGGUACCGGGACGUGCAAGAAAACGGUUGCAGGACGAAACGCGGUUUGUGUUGUGAAAAUGAGUGCGAGGAGUCAAGUGUUUGUGAGGAUAGUGAAAAAAUAGGUGACAAGAGAGUGACGGGGUCGUCGUGCACUGCGCUGCGCACCGCCGUCGCUGCCCUCUACCCCUUUGACGACUUCAUCCUCGAGAAGAUUGGAGAAGGAUUCUUCUCUGAAGUUUUCAAAGUGACCCACAAGACGUCAGGCAAAGUGAUGGUGCUGAAGAUGAACCAGCAGCGCGCCAACCGGCCCAACAUGCUGCGCGAAGUCCAGCUCAUGAACAAAUUGAAGCACCCCAACAUACUUGGGUUCAUGGGCGUGUGCGUGCACGAGGGCCAGCUGCACGCGCUGACGGAGUACAUGGCUGGUGGGUCGCUGGAGCAGCUGCUGCUGACGCGGCCCGCAGACCCGCUGCCGCAGCAACUGCGCGUCUCUCUCGCCGCAGACAUGGCCAGCGGUCUCUCGUACCUGCACUCGCUCGGCGUCUUUCACCGCGACCUCACCUCAAAAAAUGUCUUACUGAAGAAGCUUGGUGACGGAGAGUACACAGCAGUCGUGGCUGACUUUGGUCUUGCAGCUAAAAUUCCUCACCCUGUUAACGGGUACCGCCUGCCGAGCGUGGGAUCUCCGUGGUGGAUGUCGCCGGAGUGCCUGCGCGGCCGCUGGUACGACCACCGCUCCGACAUCUUCUCCUACGGCAUCAUACUCUGCCAGAUCAUCGCCAGGGUGGACGCGGACCCGGACGUGUUGCCGCGCACAGACAACUUCGGCCUCAACUACGUGGCCUUCGUGGAGCUGUGCGACGAGACCACCGUCCCCGACCUGCUGCGGCUCGCCUUCAACUGCUGCAUUUACGACGCCAAGGCGAGACCGCUAUUCCCCGAGAUAGUGAGCAAGCUCGCCGAGAUCAAGGAGGGGCUGGACGACAACACCUGGUCAGGGGGAAACGCCAACAACACCUUCGACAGCGAGGAGUCGGAGUCGUCGGGGCCGCGCUCCUGUCCCGGGCUGUGGGCGUGGCGCCGCCCCACGCGGCACCGCUCGGAGGGCAGCCCGCACCACAGAGAUCGUGUGGCGCACCGCGGCUCGCUGUCGGAGCUGGAGUGGCGGGGCGCGGGGUGCGGCGCGGGUGUGGGUGCGGGGGUGUCGGGGGGCGCGGCGCACAGGUCUGCGGGCGCGCUGGCGCUGCCGGCCGCCCCGCCCCGCCUCGCGCGUCUGCAGCGUCUCGCGCACGUCAUGGUGCUGCGCGACGAGCACGCCGCGCCCCGCGCACCUCGCCGCGCACUGCACGCCUUCCGCGGCGUGCACAAGAUACUAGAGGCCGCGCCGCGGUGCUCGUCCGGGUCCCCGCCGCCCGGGUGCGCGGGGUGCGAGGGCGCGGCGUGCGCGGGGGAGGAGGAGCCGCGCGCCGCCUCGCUCCCCCCCUCGCCCGGCGUGACGCGCCGCCGCCUCGACGACGCGCCCAAGCUGCAGUACAAGGGCGACUCGAGCGCGGAGCUGCGGCGGCGCGGGUCGUGCGAGAGCGGCAUCUUCUCGGUGGCGAACGAGGAGCUGUGCCAGCACCCGAGCCUGUACGGCGCCAUGUGCCCCUGCUCGCUGAACGGCUGCCACCGCUGCUGGUGGCGACGCGAGCCGCACGACGCGGCCGGCGAGCGCGAGGCGCGCUCGGAGGACGUGGCGUCGCUGGGGUCGGACAGCGUGUGCGACGAGCGGGCGCCGCGGGGCGCGGUGGUGGGUGUGGGUGCACGGGGGGCGCGGUCGGCGCAGAUCUCGCGCAUCGUGGAGUACUUCGAGCGCAAGGGCGCGGAGUUCAAGUGCGAGGGGUCGCGGUACCGGCUGCGCGCUGACCACCAGUACGUGGUGGACGUGAAGCACCGCGCCGCCGCGGAGGAGGGGGGCCGCCGCUGCGUGCAGGCGCGCCUCACCGUCUGCGAGGGCGCCGUGCGCUCCAAGCUGCCGCUCUUCGACAACAAGUCAUAG